UUAUCCUCUUCAAGAGAACACAACCGUCCCACCCCUUCGAAAGCCUUCUCUCGCCGACAGGUCACUUCCCAGCCACAGCGCACGACUCGACCGCUGCAGCUCCGCCGGAAGACGACCAAACCGCCACUACUCGUCGGUCAAUCCUGCCAUAUCAAAUUUGAUGGUGUUCGUGUGCAGGAGACGCCGCGCUCUGGAGUUUUAGCUUGCGCGCCACCGUUCACCGACGUCACACCAAACCCACGAAUCUGGCAGUAGCUUAGUUGUUGGCUCGCGUCACUGGCUUAUAUUUGUCUUGUGCCGCAGCUGCGAACACCACGUGGCACCCCCGUUCUCGCUAAAUUUUGGCUUUCGGAUUGAAGACUUGGAGAACUUUGAAGCAUUGAUCAACACGUAUAAGGUCAUUUUGGACAAGUUUGGGUUGAGCCAAAUUGGGGAGAGUGUGCAAUUCUAGAGGAUCGAGCUAUUGACUAACUGGUGUAUUGAGGUGAUUUUACCCAUAGGCUACGUGAAUGUGUUUUUGUGGCGCCACCUAUGGUUGUCAGGGGAUUCUGGGGUUGAGAAAGGUUGUAACCUAGAGAUCCAGGAAUCUAAGUAUAGGUGAGGAGGUGAAUAGAGAUUGUGGCAUUGGCUUCGACCCUUGAUUGACCCUUGGAGGGUAGCUCUAUGUGCACAUAGGAGCCUAGUUAUUGGUGAUGUGGAAACUGUGAUGAAGUUGCCACCUUUGCAGAUGUCCAAGGAGGAGAGUUCUGAAGUUAAUUUAACAACUGACUGCAACCCAGAAUCUAGUAAGAAAAGAGCAAAAAGUAGAAAAAACAAAAAGAAGCAGUUAUUGAUGAAAGGUGUAGAUGUCAUGGAAAUGAAAGAUGUAAGAUCUGUUCAGCUGGGGGAAAGCAACAUAAACUCUGAUAGUGACAAAGUGAAAAAGAAGAAAAAGAGAAAAAAGAGUACUCAACAACGUAUAGAGGAGAGCUCUAUCAAGGAUGAGGCAGGAGAAUAUGAAAAUAGAACAGAGACUUUUAUGAAAGAGGCUAGUCCUGUCUCUAAUAGUGGAAGUGAAAAUUUUUUCGAGAAGAGGACAAUUGCUUUGGAAGAUGCUGAGAAUGAAAGGACUGACAACAUACUUAGAGAAAAAUCUGAUAGGAAGAUUCUAGAGUCCGACAAUGGAAAAGUUGAUCGAAGGAAAAUUAAGAGGAAGAAGCAGCUCUUAAAGGAAGCAGCAAAUGCAGAUAUGCGUGGUAUUUGUUACUUGAGUCGAGUUCCUCCGCACAUGGAUCCUUUGAGACUUCGUCAGAUCCUCUCACAAUAUGGGGAAAUACAAAGAAUUUAUCUUGCACCCGAGGAUGCUGCCAGUCAAGUGCAACGAAAGCGUGCAGGGGGAUUUCGAGGACAGUUUUUUUCCGAAGGAUGGGUUGAAUUUACUGAUAAAAGAGUCGCCAAGAAGGUGGCUAAUAUGUUAAAUGGCGAACCAAUAGGAGGAAGGAAGAGGUCAUCUUUCUAUUACGAUCUCUGGAACAUCAAGUAUUUGAGUAAAUUCAAGUGGGAUGAUCUCACGGAAGAAACUGCUUACAAGCACGCCAUUCGGGAGCAGAAACUGGCUUUAGAAAUUUCUGCUGCCAAGAGGGAAAGGGAUUCCUAUCUUGCUAAAGUUGAUAAAUCACGUGCAUUGAAUUCCAUUGAAGAACGGCUAAAGAAGAAGCAGAAGUUGCGAGAAGAUUCAGAAAUGAAUUCUCUUGAUGAUAGCCAGAAACUUCCAAAGUUGAUUCGCAGCUUUCCACAAACACAACCAGUUGCAGAUGUUGCCGUACAAAACAAACAAAGACUAUCUACAAAUGUCCUGGCUAGGGUGUUUGGAAGCUCCUAGUCGUCUAAUUCCCGACUCCUACUAAUUAAAGAGAUUUAAGACAAGUGAUUUGCUAUAUAGACUUGGGCUUUUUGUAGACAGAGGGAAGCAAUCUUUGACUUAUCAAUUUAUUUAUCUCUUUACACAACAGAAAUGUGUAGAAGGGAUAUCUGUAGCUUUGAUAUUUGUUUUACUUAAAUCAAACUUUUUGUAUUAGAUAAUUUUGGCUGGAAGCAUGGCCAAGUAGUGAAAUAUAAAUCAAGAAAAAGUUUUGGAUUUUUUCUUUA